GGUGAUGCUGAGGUCUCCCCAGCACGGCACAGCACAGCACAGCACAGGGGGUCCACUCACCGGACAGCAGUGUUAGAGGACUGGAGGCGUAGGUUCGGGAGGACUACCCGCUUAUUUCGAAGAGGGAAAUUAGCUGCUAUGUUGGUCUGAAGAAACCGCGCGCUAAUACCGGACACAGAGCCGUACCGGGACAUUUAAUUUCUUCAAGAGCAGAAAUGUUUUCCCAGAUGGAAGUUGAAUGCCUCUCAUUGAAAGACCUCAAAAGUCCAAGGAAAAGUUUUACGGUGGAGUUGGAGGAGGAUGGAGGCCAAACUGAACAAAAGGAAAACAUCUGGGCAGAGAGGAGGAGAUCCACGCCACUGAAAUCUGCUGAGUCCACUAUCCCUCCAUUGUUGAUAAACAGAAAAGGUGCCACCCCUGACCUGGCCCACGUCACCCCCAUCAAACACGCCGUCGUGCCUGAGCCCUGGACACCCACGGCCAAUCUGAAGAUGCUGAUCAGUGCGGCGAGUCCAGACAUUAGAGACCGAGAGAUGAAAAAGGUGCUGUUCAGACCCAUAGAGAAUGAGAAUGAAAAACCAGACAGUCCAGAUACUGUGACGGAGGAUAUAGAGGUGGAAGACUCUUGUCAGUUUGAAGUUGUGGAUGAAGAAGAUGAGGCAGAGAAAAAGCCGAGCAGGAAGCAGAAGAGUCUGGGUCUACUAUGCCAAAAGUUCCUAGCCCUCUACCCUGACUACCCACCGCCACACAGCCCCAUCUGGAUCUCACUGGACGAGGUGGCAACCAGUCUGGGAGUGGAGCGGCGGCGUAUCUACGACAUCGUCAACGUGCUGGAGUCUCUAAUGAUUGUUGGCCGUAUAGCCAAAAACAGCUACACCUGGUAUGGACGUCAGCGGCUGGAGGACACGUUGGAGGAGCUGCAGCGAAGGGGCCGGCAGCAGGGCUACCACCUCCAGAUGGAGCUGGCUGCUGAGACCAGGGAGGCCGGGCCGGGGUGCGAGGAUGAUGGAGGGGAGGGGGACGCUGGCAACGCUGGAGGCAACAGGAAAGACAAAUCUCUGCGCAUCAUGAGCCAGAAGUUUGUCAUGCUGUUCCUGGUGUCCAAAACUCAGACUGUUACUCUGGACGCAGCAGCAAAGAUCCUCAUCGAGGAGAGUCAGGACUCAUCGAGUCACAGCAAGUAUAAAACUAAGGUGCGGCGACUGUACGAUAUUGCCAAUGUCCUGACCAGCCUGGGCCUCAUAAAGAAGGUGCAUGUCCGUGAGGAGAGGGGCAGGAAGCCGGCCUUCAAAUGGCUCGGCCCGGUCGAAUUCAACAACUCCGCAAAGGCCGGGAAUACUGUGAAUGUGGCAGCCAUUACUCCGCCUGAGGCCACACAGCCAAUGGCAGGCCAGGACUUCAGGAAGGCCAAGAUGGGACGUCACGCCUCCUUCAACAUCACACCAACUUCUGUGGCUGUCCGACGGCAGAUCAACUCUGCCCCAAGCAGCCCACAACGAGAAAUAAUGGCUCUGCCAAAUCAGCCUGUGGACUAUUCCAGAAAGACUACAAGCAACAACGCCGUGUGUCGACUGCAGUUUGGAAACAGCUCUGAUAACCGUCCCAGUGCAGCACCGCAGACUCACACCCUCAGCAGAGGCAGCAGCAGCCAGCUGCCUCCGUCCUCCACCCAGUCCACCCCACUGGCACCUCCCUUCAACCCCGAGCACUUCUUCGCCUCUUCCUCCUCUCCCCACUGCUUGGCCUACCUGCCCAGCCUGUCUCAGCCCUCGGUGGUCAUGCUGCACAGGGCGCUAGACAAGCCCGACCAGGUGCCUGAGGGUCAGGGGUCACCCAGGUUGGAGUCUGAGGAAGGCAGGAAGAGAAGGAGGGAAGAGAGAGAAGAGGAGGAGACGGUGUGGAAAAAGAAGGGAAUGUCAGUGUUAGAGGAAUGUGACAAGGUGAGAGCUGAACCUCACAGGGAAGCAGGGGAGUGUUCGCAGAUGGGGACCACCAGGACGUCUCUGAAACACCCAGCAGGCCUCUCCAGAGCGUUGGAUGAAAGUCUAGGUGCCAGCAACAGCAGUGAGCCCGCCCAGCCGUCACACUACCUCUAUGUACCCAACCAUGCAGGUCUGAACAGCCUCAACUUCUUCAUUCCUGCUGGUCAGCCACCAGCCAGCCUAGCGCUUCCUCCCAGCGGCGUUCCCACCCUGGCCCUGCCCUACGUCCUGGUGCCCACCGCCGCCCUCUCCCACUACCCCCUGGUUGCCAGGGGUCUACAGCAGCAAGGCUCUGACGCCCACGCCAAACUCGGCUUCGGUCUGCCCGCCGUGAUGUCGCCUGCCCACUUUACGGUGGGGGCAGCACCCUACAGCCUGGCGGCAGCCUCGGAGAUCGGCUGGUCGCCGGCUCCGUCGCCGUCCACCCCGGAACAAAGCAGGGCGUGCGGGUCAGCGGCGGGCGCUCCACAUUCGCCCUCGGGACCACGACAGACCGUCGGCAUCAACACACCGGAGCCGCUGACUCCACGCACUCCAAAGGACACCGCGGCAUCCGCCUCUAAGGCCUUCUUCCAGACCCCAGGCGCUCUGGGAAAUGUAGUCGGCGCUGUGCCAGCUGCCCGUAGAAGAGGCUCUGCACAGAGAAGACUGGAUGUUGGCCACGCGCCGACCUGCUAGAGACCCGAGGAGCUGGAAUAGGUGGCUGACGACACUCCUGUGACAUUCAGGUGCUGGCCGUACAAGUGAAAAAUAUGGUUUCAAGCCACCUGUGCUUUUUUUAGUUGAUUAAUGAAUGAAUUAAGGGUUUCCCUCUGAAAUGCAAGAAUAUACAUUUUAGCAAAAGACUGUUUGCUUAGACCCGAAGCCAACUCCGUCCUAAAAGAUGGAACCUUUCUGGAAAGCGGAGGUGACUGUAAAUUUUCAGCAACUGGCGAGUGCCUCGUUUUGAAAUGAAACUCUUCUGUUAUUGGUUGUUCCGUUAACAGUGGUUCUUACUGUGCACUGGAUUUCAGUGAGAGAGUAAGUGAAGCGGCAUUGCCAAUGUAGCAGUGCCCUCCUGUGGUGGGAGUCAGCCACUGCUGUGUUUUUCCAUUUCAUCAUUUUUCCCUCUCAGAUGUGAUCAACCUACCUAACACCCAUCACCUGUGUAUUAUAGCCCAAUCGCUAUUUAUAUUUUAGCUAAUAUAUGUUGGUUACAGGGACUGUAAUGGAACAUUAACUUUUUUUUAGCACUAAGUAUUUGAUGAAUGUACAUCUAAAUUGAAGUGAUCGUCUUCAGUUGGCCCCUCCAGGUUUGUCACAUUACCACGGUAUGAUAGGAAACGUAAUAGCUGCUGAUCACCGCUUCGCGUGGACAGUAGCCGAGUCCAGACGCUGCUGAGGGAAGAAAAUCUCUCAGGCCCGAAAUGUUUACAGCCGCCAGGGUAUCUCAAGGAACAGUUCCUGGACUCGUCGAUGCACAGCAGGUGCAUUCAUUUACUCAUCAGGAAGACAGACGUUACCGGCGUUGAGUAUGUUUUCACUGAGAAUUUGCAACCGUACUGUCUUUAUGGUUAAAAACGGAACCCUUUAGCUCUGUUACUGGCAACUGAAGGACACCGUGACAUGGGACCAUGCUCUCAGGUACUUGAAUACUCGUGAUUUUACUAGAAGUAGAUUCUGUGGUGUCAGAGUAGUGUAAAGAUUUUUAUCCGUAACUUAUCCAGGGAAAGUAGACUGAGCGUACAUGCUGUCUUUUUUUCAGCAACACCAUUCCACAUUCGUACAGUCCAACACAUCUGGGAGAUUUCCAGAUUUCCUGCUGCAGCUGGGGGGGGGGUGCGCGCCUUGCCGAGAGAAGAGCGAUCUCUUUAUCGCCAGAUUUUCUCAGGUUGUGCAGGGAUUUGCACAGACGAUCCUCUGCUAAUAGACCCGCUAACUUCCUUCCAGACAACGCGGCCUGAAUAUUGGUGCUAUGUAUGGGAGUCGUUCAGGAGAGCUUAGCUAUGUCACACCAAAGGGUGCACAGGUAGUCCGCUCUGACCAGCGGACGUGUACUUAUCAGUGUACAGUUUUUGUGUCUGUAAUUAUUUUUUGUCAUCCACUAUUUCCACAGGCAGAGUGUUAAAUGCUGCUUCAUUGUUUCUAAAAUAAUGGUAAAUGCACUGUUAGGUGUAGUAGUUGUGUCUGCUGAUCUAACUUUUACAAAAGUCGGGGCUGUUCCUUCACUCUGGCUCUGCUCUGUAGUUACGGGACACACUGGUUUUCCUCUGUACGACUUUCACAAACUUUGAUUAAA